CCAGGUGCGGGAGGACUAUCUGAGGAGGAGGCGUUUGGCAGCGCAGGGGGCUACCUGGCAGGAAGUAAGUGCAGCCGGGGUCGCCCUAAGCCGGGCGGCGGGUGGGAGGCCGCCCUGCUGCCCUGGCCCGGCCCGCGGCGCCCCGACGCCCGGCUCCCCCUCUGCGCGCCUGCCCCGCUGAGCCGCCGCCCGGGCCCCGGCCGAGCGGACUCAGAGCCGCGGGGCUCAGCGCCUACGAAAACAAAAACUGUGGAAUUGUAUUCGGCAAAGGCCAGAAAGGAUUCUGGCUCCCUGCGCAGAUAUUUAGCAGUCGGGAUUACGAUUAGGCAUGUGGUACUGGAAAGAUGAAACCAAAACUCUUGAAUUCAAAAGUUUUACACCUGCAGUAGAACUCAAGGAAAAAGCAAGGAAAGGCAAAGCAGUUCACUUUGCUGAGAUUGAUGGUGCUGCUGCAGACAGGUUGACAGAUAAAAGAUUUGCCUCCAGAGACGCUAAGUCACUUCAAGCCUUAGAGAAACGAGGUCAGCAGGGCAGCGUUACACUACAGGAUGCUAAAUUUGUUGCUUUGCUUUUGCUACAAGAGACUGAGAUUCAGCGCAUCUGCUCAUUCACAACAUUUAUGAAAAAUAAGAACCUUGACGAUUUCCUCAUGGCAUUAUUAUACUAUUUAUCUCAUUUCUUGGAAAAAAUCUCACUGGAAAAGAAGCCCAAGAGCUGUAUGGUGUGCCUCAUAGAGAAAAAAGAGAUGGAACUGGUUUUAAGUAAGUUAGAAGCGGCGCAGAAAUACUUGGCACAUAAGUACUGCGUCCUCGUCCUGGGCGUGGGCACGCCCGAUAAGCAUCACAUGUGCUGCGGAAAAGAGAAAAUAUCAGAUACACAAAAAGACUGGAAAUUCUUUGAGUCCUUUUAUACUUUCUGUACCUGCGUGGCUUGGAUUGUCUUUAGACGUCAACACUUCACAGAGAUUGAGGAAGAAGUAGGGAGGCUCUUUCGCACCAAUAUGUUCAAUAGUCCUCGAAGGAAACGUGAGGGCGAAGAAUCAGGAAGGGAAAAGAAAUGCAUGACUUUUGUACAAUUCAGGAGAAUGAUGGCAAAACGCCCGGCAAUUAAAACAGCCAUUCACAUGCGCUCUCCAGUCAUGUCUACUCUGCUGCCGUCUCUCAGAGAAAAAGCUCAGAAUAUCCUUGAGAAAAAGUAUCUUCAAGGAGGCACCCAAUUCCCAGAUGAGAUGCAAAAGCAUCUGGAGAAUCUGGACUCGGUGCCCAUGCCAAUAGUUGGCAUCUUGGGGGAGCCUCGGUGUCUGUUCAACCCCUAUACCCUUCUCCCCCUUGAACCAGAAGAAAGCUUGAAAUCGUCUGUGCGACAGUCUUUUCUGAUGGAGAGAGAUCACACGAGGCUCCCGGACACACUGGGCCUGGAAACGAGAACACGGUCCUCUUCCCAAACAGGGUUGCCUGCAUAGUCUGGUACAUCCCAUUUCUGUAACUAAAUCCCUGUAAUUAAAUCACCUGGGCUUAAUCACUUCCCAUCAGACUAAUACUUGUUUUUAUUAAUUUUUUUAAUUGUUGAAAUUAUUUUGUUAGAAGUUCAACAACAGACUAUUAAAGAAAUCCAGAAAGCUCCCAAAAAGUUCAUUUUCCUGUAUUUAAUAGUUGCUUUGUCAUUUCUUUGCCUCCUUGGCUUCCACGUGACUAGUUAGAGUAACACAUUAGGACAUUUAGCCGGCGCUCUAGCAGACUAGUGAAGAAACAUUCUGUGUAU